AAAACAAACAAAAAAAAAAACAACAAAAAAGAGAGAGAGAGAGAUCUUCAGUAACGAGUUUAACAGCCUUCGAAUUUUAAGAGCAUUGAGACAUCAAAAGUGGUGUUACCUGUUUUUCUGACACUAAUACAGUCUCAGAGAGAACCAGAGGAAGAAUUCAGAGAAGACAAGAGUAUGUUGGGCUUUUCUUGAGUUGAGCCAUGGACUGGAAGACUUUCCAAGCUUUGUUAAGUGGGGUGAAUAAAUACUCCACUGCGUUUGGUCGCAUCUGGCUCUCUGUGGUUUUUGUGUUUAGAGUGAUGGUUUACGUUGUAGCUGCGGAGAGAGUUUGGGGUGAUGAGCAGAAAGACUUUGAUUGCAACACAAAGCAACCAGGCUGCUCAAACGUCUGCUACGACCACUUCUUCCCCAUGUCUCACAUCCGCCUGUGGGCCCUGCAGCUCAUCUUCGUCACCUGUCCAUCGCUGUUGGUGGUCAUGCAUGUGAAGUACCGUGAUGAGCGUGAACGGAAGUAUCGUGCCAAACAUGGCGAAAACACCAAGUUAUACGACAAUACGGGAAAGAAGAUUGGUGGACUGUGGUGGACCUACUUGAUCAGCCUUUUUGUCAAGACUGGCAUAGAGAUCACCUUCCUGUACAUCCUACAUUAUAUUUAUGACAGUUUCUACCUGCCUUCUUUGGUGAAGUGUGAAGUCAGUCCAUGCCCCAACAUUGUGGAUUGCUACAUUGCCCGACCCACAGAAAAAAGGGUCUUUACCUACUUCAUGGUUGGAGCUUCAGCACUGUGUAUUGUGCUCAGUGUGUGUGAGAUCAUCUAUCUCAUCUCCAAGCGCAUCAUUCUCUGUGCCAACAAGUUUAAAAGGCAUCACAGAAGCAGCACGCCAAUUCACGGACGAUACAGAGACAUGGACAAUAACUGCAGUAUUCCUUUGCACGAGCUGGACAUUAUACACGAGUACAAGCCUGAGUCUAAAUCAGACUUUAGGUCUGGGUAUAAACCCGAGUUUAAACCACAGUUUAAAUCUGAGCUCAAGCCAACCUUUAAACCAGCUUACAGGCUGAGUGUGGACAUGAGAGCUUCUGCUCCAAAUCUCUCAAUACCUAUGUAUAAGAUCCAAUCUGAUGUACUCUAGAACAUGUUUUGGUUCUCCACCAAGUCCUCUGGAGGCAUAAAACAGUCUUCGAUCCUGAGCUCUCAAGUUUCAAAGACAUGGUUAUUCAUCUUCCAUGGAGACCUACAAAAACUGCCAGUCUUGGGUCCUUGUCAAUUGCAGCAACUAUUGUCUCUGAAAUACCAGGGAUUAAGUGUCUUGCCCAUUACCGAAACGAUGUGGCAUACAAAUAUUAUGGCAAUAUACGUAUAUGUUAUAUAGGCUCAUACAAUUAAAGUUAUUGAGAUGUACACAAAUAUGCUGAAACACCUUUUACGCACUAUUAACACUAUUAACAAGUUGUGCAUUAUCCAUUGUAAUGGUAGAUUUUGGAACUGACACAAUGGAGAGCUAAUGAUUCUGUUAAUCAGCCAAGCGGGCAUGGUUAUUGACCAAUAAAGAUAAUCUCAAAAUGGCCAAAUAUUGACAGAUUUAUCUGCUUAGCCAAUAAAUAUGGGUUAUCACUAAUUCUAAAUAAGAAUGGGGUGAAAAUUAAUUCCUUUUCUUCUAAUUUAUUCUUCCCUCUGUUAAAGCAUUCCUUUACAUAAAAUACAUAAAAUGAACAAAGGUAAAACCCAUGAAAAGUUAUCAAAUAACUUGGAAAGCAUUCAAGGAGAACACACCUUGCACAAACCCCACCUUCACAAACACAUAAAAAGAUACAAGAGGGAGGAUGAGAGGAGCUGCACUAUAUAUGAAAAGAUGUAACAAAAUGCCUCAUAGGUCACUGGUUUACUGAAACUUUUUGUUUUGUGUAUCAUUAUCUCAUGUCCUGGUAUUUGUUACAAAGAUCAGAUCAAAGAGGUUUCAUAGUUAACGUUAAUCUGCAAUCACACAUGGACUUUCUCUGAACUCAAAUGGAAAACUCUGCUGAAAUAAUAAGAGGUACACUGGCAGCCAAAAGUUUGGAAUAAUGUACUGAUUUUGCUUUUAUGGAAAGAAAUUGGUACUUUUAUUCACCAAAGUGGCAUUCAGCUGAUCACAAUGUAUAGUCAGGAUAUUAAUAACGUGAAAAAUUACUAUUACAAUUCAACAUUUUUUUCAGAACUUCUUAAACUACUUCAAAGAGUUCUCAUCAAAAAAUCCUCUACGUGCAGCAAUGACAGCUUUGCAGAUACUUGGCAUUCUAGCUGUCAGAUUGUCCAGAUACUCAGGCGACAUUUCACCCCACGCUUCUUGUAGCACUUGUCAUAGGUGUUCAUAGAAUUCAAUGAAGCUGUCAGCUGAGGACAUGUGAGGCAUCUAUUUCUCAAACUAGAGACUCUGAUGUACUUAUCCUCUUGUUUAGUUGUACAUCUGGCCUUCCUCUUCUCUUUCUGUCCUUGUUAGAGCCAGUUGUCCUUUGUCUUUGAAGACUGUAGUGUACACCUUUGUAUGAAAUCUUCAGUUUUUUGGCAAUUUCAAGCAUUGUACAGCCUUCAUUCCUCAAAACAAUGAUUAACUUAUGAGUUUCUAGAGAAAGCUGUUUCUUUUUUGCCAUUUUUGACCUAAUAUUGACCUUAAGACAUGCCAGUCUAUUGCAUACUGUGGCAACUCAAAAACAAACACAAAGACAAUGUUAAGCUUCAUUUAACGAACCAAAUAGCUUUCAACUGUGUUUGAUAUAAUGGCAAGUGAUUGUCUAGUACCAAAUUAUCAAUUUAGCAUGAUUACUCAAGGAUAAGGUGUUGGAGUGAUGGCUGCUGGAAAUGGGGCCUGUCUAGAUUUGAUCAAAAAUGACUUUUUUCAAAUAGUUAUGUUACAUCAUUAAUGUCCUGACUAUACUUUGUGAUCAGUUGAAUGCCACUUUGGUGAAUUAAAGUACCAAUUUCCUUCCGAAACAACAAAAUCUGUACAUUAUUCCAAACUUUUGGCCGCCAGUGUCUAUGAAAGUACCUUCGGCUUAUAAUAUGGUAGAUCAAGAAAACAUGUAUUCCUCCUCCAUUAUUCACUGAGAAAAAAAAACAAAAAAAAAAAACACAUUUGUUCUACACUUGGUUGGAAUUUGUAAGAGUUGAAGCUGACUUUGUUCAGACUUGCUUGUUAUGAUCAGAUGUUAAAUUGUUUAGCUGAGAUUUUUUAUUGGUGCUACACAUCCUGCCUUUGUAUGAAAAAGUGAAUCAACACACACAUGCUAUUUCAUGAAAUGUUUGAAUAAUCUUAUUCAUGUUCUUGUACAUUGUUCAGCCAAAAUGGAAGACAAAAGCAAGAGUUCUUGUCUUUCCAGACAUUUACUAAUAGCGUGACUCAGUAUAGUGUUGUAAAUAGUGGAUUACUUUUAAAUCAAGGAGUUUAAAAAAGUAUGUUUAUUUUGAUACUGUAUAAAUAAAGUAUAUAUAUUUUAAAAUUGCCUUUUGUCAAA